CGGUCGCCGGUAUGAUGAUUGCCGGUAGCGGUUAAGUGUUUUGUUUACAAUUUGUAGGUGAUGGGUGAAUCUAUUUAGUUAUCAGUUAUUGAAUUAGUUUCAAUCACAAGUUAAAUACAGUUCCAUUAAAAUUUUAGCGAUUACAGGUUUAAAAUCAUAGUAUUUAACAAUGUUAUUAAAAUGGGGAAUUGCUGCAGCUGGUAAAAUAUCCAAUGAUUUUGUGUCAGCCUUAAAGGCCUUACCAUUAUCUGACCAUAAGGUUGUAGCAAUUGCGAGUAGGUCACAAAGUAAUUCAGACAAAUUCGCUAAAGCUCAUGGUAUUCCUAAUGCUUAUGAAGGUUAUGAUAAAUUGGCCAAAGAUGAAAAUGUGAACAUAGUUUAUGUUGGGGUGUUAAAUCCACAACAUUAUGAAGUAGUAAAAUUAAUGUUGGAAAAUGGGAAGCAUGUUCUCUGUGAAAAACCAUUUACCAUGAAUGAAAAGCAAACGAAAAUGUUGCUGGAUAUCUCUAAAGAAAAGAACUUGUUUUUAAUGGAAGCAGUAUGGUCUAGAUGUUUUCCAGCUUAUGAUAAAAUGAUAGAAGUUAUUAAAUCUGGAGAGAUUGGAGAGGUAGUACAAGUGACAGUAGAAUUUGGGGUACCUAUUAGUCAUGUUGAUCGUGUCAAAAACAAAGAUCUAGGUGGAGGAGUUAUUCUAGAUCUUGGUGUGUACAUUCUACAGUUUCAACAGUAUGUAUUCAAUGGUUUGAAGCCAACAAAAAUCAUAGCUAGUGGACAUCUAAAUGAAGAGGGCAUUGAUAGUUCUGUCGCAGCUAUUUUGACUUUUCCUGAAGGGAAAACAGCUGUACUUUCUGCAUCUUCAUUUACGAAACUUGCCUGUGAAGGUGUGGUGUAUGGCACUAAAGGAUGUAUUAAGAUGCCUACGUUUUGGUGUCCCACAACACUCGAUGUGAACGGUGUAGUCUUGGAAUUUCCUUUGAUUAAAAAUGAAGGAGAGUUCAAUUAUCUCAACAGUGCUGGUUUGGCGUAUGAAGCGGAAGAGGCAAGGCAAUGUAUAAUGAAAAACAAAAUAGAAAGUCCCAAAAUUACCCAUGACAACACUUUGGAAUUAGCACAGCUGAUGGAUAAAUUGAGAGCAGAAUUGGGAGUUGUGUUUCCUGCAGAUGGGGAAUCUUACUGACGUUUUUGAUAUUGUUAUAGUGCAUACCUCUCAUUCAAUAAUAUACUUUACUUGAUUUCCCCAUGCUCUAAAAUCUUCAUUGAUAAAUAGAUAGAUAAUUUUAACAACUGGUAAAUAAACCUUUUGUGCCUUAUUGUACAAUUUUAAGUAUCCAAUACUUAUUUUAUAUAUAAAUAUUGUUAUUUUAUUGUUAAUUUUUGAUUAGGUAUAUUAAACAUAUAUUUG